GAUUGUACAAGAAACUGCACCAAUGGAACUCUGAAUGACGCCUGUGACGCAUGUACAUGUCAUCACCACGUUCUUUCCGGCCGGGUUUUGACAAUAGAAAACGUGCCACUGUCAGAAGUAAACAUGUCACUGGCAGAGACACCAUAUCACAUCCUUGCACAGACGAACGCCAGUGGACACUUCACGACUCUAGGUGUCUGCGCGGGUGAGCAGGAACUACUACUGCAAAAAUCUAGGUUUGUUCCCGUGAGGGAAAAAGCCAGUGUGCUGACUCCAACGAUGGCUACGAUUACUGUAAAGUUAGAGUUUGCAGGUAUGUGCCUAAGCCAUAAAUUUUUAGUGGUUAACUCAGUGUCUGUUUAAUAUAGUUUGCUUUUAAUUUAAAAUAAGUUAAUCUCAUUAUUCGAUAGAGUGUGCGUCUCCAUCCUCUAUCAUCUCCCUUUUACUCUUUGUCUGUCCUAGCCCUGUCCCUUCUAAUCACGAUGGUCGCAUCACCAAUUGAAUUAAUUUAACUUCGUUCGGCUAGCAGAAUUAUUUACUGACCUGCUGAAUAAGAGACUAUAAGGCAACUUUCAAACUCAAUGGCAGGUAGACUUACAAAGUUACUGACCUCUUGCACCAUAGACUCAAAGACAACCUAACACACUAGCGGACUAUAUACACACUGAGACUGGAACUUACUGGCCUUCUGACCCGCACAUAACAGACUUGUUGACCUAUUGAUCUACUAAGGGUCCCAACUAUUAACUCAUUAAAGCAUUGACAUACCUAUUGACUGACUUACUGACUUGUUGACUGACUGACUGACUGACUGAUGGAAGGACUGAUUGACUGACUCACUGACUGAUUGACUGAGUGAUGGACUGGCUGACUAAAUGACUGAUUGACUCACUGACUGACUGACUAGUUGACUGACUGAUUGACUGACUGGCUGGCUGCCUUACUGGCUGACCGACCAACAGAUUGACUGAGUUACCGACUGAAUGACUGACUGAAUGACUGACUGACUGACUAGUUGACUGACCGACCGACUGACUGUAACAGGCAAUUUAGUGUUAACAACUGACUGACUGAUUGACUUCCUGGCUGACUGAUUCACCGACUGACUUACUGACUGACCAACUAACUGAUUGACUGAUUGACUGACUGGCUAGCCGAUUCACUCUCUGACCGACUGACUGACUAAUUGACUGGCUGACUGACAGACUGUAACAGGUAAUUUAGUGUUAACAAGAGUUGAAAACGUAAAUUGGUCACCGUAAAGAGUUAAAAGGCUGAGGUUUCGAGUGUUAGCACUUCGUCAGAGCGAGUGGAUUCUCCGCUUUCGAUUCUCCGAUUCUCGCUCCGAUUCUCUCGCUCUGACGAAGGGCUAACGCUCGAAACGUCAGCCUUUUAACUCUUUACGGUGACCAAUUUACGUUUUCAACUCAGUUGUUAACACUCAAUUACUUGCUCAUUACUCUCCCAUCGACGUAGCACCACAGUUUCUUAAGAAACCUAUCCCCUUUAUUCAUUUCACUGACUGACUGUUUAAUUAGCUGACCAGCUGAUUGACUGAUGGAAGGACUGAUUGACUGACUGACUAAUGGAAAGACUGAUUGACUGACUGACUUACUGAUUGACUGACUGACUUACUGAUUGACCGACUGACUGACUUACUGAUUGACCGACUGACUGGCUGAUUGACUGACAGGUUGACUGGCUGACUGACUGACUAGUUGACUGCCUGACUAGUUGACUGACUGAUUGGCUGGCUGAUUGACUGAUUGACUGACCCACUGAUUGACUGACUGACCGGCUGACUAGUUGACUGAUAGACUGACUGACUAGUUGACUGGCUGAUUGACUGACUGGCUGGCUGACUGACUGACUGACUGACUGGCUUACUAGUUGACUGACUGACUGACUGACUGACUGACUGGCUGACUGGACGACUGAAUGAAAGAAUAAAUUGAAUGUAUGACUGAAUGAAUGGAGGAUUGGCUGAUCAAAGGAGGGACUGAAGGGCAAAACGAUAAAAGACUGCACUUAACAUGUACUAGAAAUAGACUCUAAAAGUUAGAAAAUUAGCAAAAUUCAGUUUUAUCCAACAGGUAUUUAAAAAAUACAUUACUUUUUUAUGCAGUCCCACCAUUUGUUACUGUUCACCCUAAAAGUAAGAUACGCAUGCCUGGUCAGGCUGUUACAUUUUGUUGUGAUGGAAAAGGGAAUCCUCCACCGGAAAUUGAGUGGUAAGUACUCUACUUCUUGAAGAUUGGCUCAAAACAAUCCAAUUCCUUUUAACAUGGCCUCUAAAACACUGUGCAGUUUUUUGGCUAUUGAUGUUUUCAAAUUAUUGUUCAGGCGAUUGUACCCUCGAGUAUUUGUGAAAUCGUCUGACAGUUCUCUCCAGCUUUGAGAAAACUGAGUGUUAAGGCUUGUGUAUGCUUUGAAUGAAUCUUGAAUAUCACUGACACUGUGAAUCUUUAAUUAUAUCCUUGUUCAAAAUGAACAUUUAUCAAUACUAAAAAAAAACACUUACAGUGAGCAGCUUAAAUGUGUACGCUCACUAAUAUCCUUACUAAAGGAGGAUAAAAUUCAUAAGCCACAGAGACUCUACGGUGAGUGCGAAAAAACCUCUUUCUUAAUUUUUUACCGAGCUCAUAACUUACCAUCUCUAUUAUUUCUAUCUACAAACAUUACGCAGUAUGCAGGACGCGUGUCAUAUGAACUUCGUAAUAGACCUCGUUCACCGUAGAGUCUCUGUGGCUUAGUGGUAGAGCAUUGGAGCGCGGAAUCCGAAGGUCUGAGGUUCGAUUCCUCAUGGGGACUUAGAAUUUUUCUUUGCCCCACGCUCGUGACAAGAUGAAAAAACAUCUUUCUUAAUUCUUUACCGAGCUCAUAACUUACCAUCUCUAUUAUUUCUAUCUACAAAUACUCAUGAUGUUCGCUCUGAGAUUUUGCUAUUGGAUCAACUAAUAAUCCCCUAAUAGAUAUUUUCCUUUAUUCUCGUCACUUGUCUACUUGAAAUUGAUAUUAUAAUGAUAAUGGUAUAAGAAAUUCUGUGUUAGUCACUCAUUAGAGUAAAAGGUUUAAAAAAUGGCCCGUGAUCAGUACUGUAAGAGGAAAUAUAUGUUUUACAAUUAAUAGUCAACGUACCAAAUUUUCACCAUCACUUUUUGAAUACAUGAAGACAGUAGGUCUAAGUUGGAUCCAGUUCGGUCUGUAAUCAUACGAGUUAUCAACAAAAUCGGAAAACCGCGAAGCGGGAGUCCGAUUUGUUAUCACGAGUAUGAUUAGCGACCGAAUUGGGCAACACGAAGUCCUGUUACCAAGUAAUCAAAACUAUGACAGGAUUUGAGAAAAAACAAGCCAUCGCUUAUAAGUAUUCCUUAAAAAAAAAAAAACUAACUAGGCGAAAUGUGAGCCACGAGUUUAAAGCUUUAUCGAGUAAGAAUGAAUUAAUCUAAGCCCUUGAAAAGCUCUAAUAUUGAGCGGAUAGAAUCUCGCGAAGCUGACAGAGAGGAUUCAAUUAUGUUGUUGUUGAUGGCAACAACGAUUAUUUCACAAAAGCCCUCUACAAGCCAAUUUCUUGCCUUCCAGUGUAGUUGGCAUUCUAUUUUGUCCAAAAAUGAAAACUCAGUUCAAAUAUUUAGUUAAAGAAUUCGCCAAGACUCACUGAAUGUUCAUUCUGUGGAUUUCCAUUUUAGGCUUAAAAAUGAUCAAUUAGUUUAAAAGCAGGAUUCGAUGCUCAGUAUUUUCUUAAUUCACUCAUAAUGAAAUAGCAAACGUCUCGAGGGAUCAUUUAUAGGGGACGUCAACUCCAUGAUCAAUGACGCACUUGUUGACAGGUUUUUGUUUCUAAAUUAUGGGAAGCAGAAAUUUGAUAUUCACACAGCGAAAUUUUCCUAAACACGAAGGAAAACGGUGUUUUCCCAUAGAAAAUUUGGAGUAACGCUUCUCUGUGACGCUUUUUUUUUCACUUUAGGUUUAAGGAGAACAACGUCAUUGACAAAGAGUUGUACAAUUAUAACAACACUCUUGAGAUAAGUGACGUCGCUGGUCUAAAUGGAAGUUUCCGUUGUCGUGUGGUAAAUCAGUUUGGCUCCGAAUUCUCUGGAGUGGCGGAGUUGAAAGUCAUGGGUAAGCAUUCUUCGUGCGUUACUUGACAAAUCUGCAAAACUAGAAUGAUGCAACUAAUCAUAAUCGCGUUCAUGGCUACAAAUCAGCUUCGAUCCUUCCCUUGUGCUUAGUACAUCGUAUUAAAUACUUUCAAAACAGCAAUUGUACCCAUUAAUUAAGAAAUUGUCUCGUUUUCGUGGGAUUUCCUGCACUUAUCUUAUAUGCUAUCAAUUCUUUACAAGACUCCACAUUGAGUGAUAAAGAGAUCUUGAACUCCAUACAAAUGAAUAAGUGACGGACUUGAGGGCAAGGAAUUGUUCGCCAAAUGAAUGUAGUGUGUACAUAAUGGUAAUAUAGGACUGAGAGGAGUCCAAUUCGGUCUGAAAUGAUAACAAAAUCGGACGACCGCGCAACCUUUGAGUCAUAAAAAUUACAAUUUCAUCUAAAAAUUCGUUUAAAUGAUCAUCUAAAAGUCAUUUUAAAAUGCUAAAUAUCACUACUGUUUUCUAGUAUAUUGUCAUUGUACAAGGGGAAAAAAAUUCCAUUUUGAAGAAAGCCUCAAUUUAGGAGUCUGUUUCUAUGGUGAUUGAAACCAAGGUUGUGAUCGGUUGACUUAACUGACUACAACUUUGAAUGUGAUUGGUUAAUGUAAAUUACAACUUUUAAGGUGAUUGGCUUAUUGGACUGUCCCAUGGAUAACAAACUGUCCUAUAACAAAUUGUCCAAUAGCAACUUGGCAAGUGAAUUGGUGGAAAAUAGGAAUUUUAAACCAAUCACAAUCGAGGAAAUUGUCAUUUUUAUGAUUAAUCACGUCGUUUUCAUGAUGUAUAAUUUUUUUUUUUAUUUUCAGCAAGGUCGGAUGAUUCACGCCCCUCAGCGCCUAUUUCCAAAAACCAGACGCUGCCCCCUGGUUGUGUUUUAAACGGCACAAACAUUACAGUCUUAGACGUGGGAGAAUGUGAGCGUGUCGCUUGUGUGAAGAGGAAAGACACCUUUAAUUCUUCUUGUUCAGAGCCUCUGCGAUGCUGUGGGCCUCGCUCUUUUGAUAACGUCCUUGUGAGGUGUGGAGCUUUCAUGUCAUUCGCUCUUUCCAAAAUAAAAACCUGUGGUUGUGACCAAUGUAUCGACGAACAAACAAUAAUGGAAGGUGUUACUGUUGGUCAAGAUGGUAAAGCGGCGAAAUUUGUAGAUUUGUUUUUUAAUGAUAAACUAGUCGAUAGAACGGAUGUUGAUGGAAUGUUUUCAAUUUCUGUUCCACGAGAUACAAAGAGAGCGAUAGUGACUUUUAAAGAUCAAAUUUUUAAGAAAUUUGAAGAGGAAGACAAAAUUUUCGUUCUAAACGAAGGACAGAAAGCAAUGUAUAAGGUUACACUGCGAGAGAAACCAAAGCCUCUCAUUUUUAACGCGUCGGAACCAUUGGAUUUGCCGUUAGGAGGUAACCUCGAUAGCUUUGCUGAUCUUGAGCUUCCCGAAAACUCCCUCCUGACUGAGGAUGGCUCAGUUUUCCGGGGAAAUGCUAAGGCCUCAGUCAGUGUCACUGAUCCACGUAACCUCUCUGACAUCUUGACAGCUCCUGGAGAUUUUACCACCGUGAGUGAAGACGGCCAAGAAGAAAUCCUUGAGACGUAUGGUAUGAUUAAGCUCAAUAUGGAGGAUGAUAAUGGUAAACCUCUAGUUAUGUCAAAGCCCAUGAAGGUGUACCUAGAUCCAGAAAAACUUAACUUGACCGUUUCUGAAGGUAAUGCCUCCGUCAAACUUUACUGGCUUGACCGGAAGACGGGACGGUGGAGAGAGGCUGGUGAUUUUUCUCUCGAAGAUGGAAGCAAACGUAGAAGAAAACGAACCAACAGAAUCUUUCUUACAGGAACUGUGACACCGUCCAUAGCUGAGGAAUAUCUUAACUUUGAUCGGCCCAAUGAGAUAGUCGGCUUACGUGUAACAGUCAAUCCAGAAGAGGAUAACGUCGUUAUUACAGCCAUCCGCAAAGAUAACAAGGGAUACGUUCAGCGCACUACAAAUCAAGGCGUGGUUUGCAUGGAGAUUUGGAAAGACAAGGACUAUUACCUUCAAGCCGAAAAGGAUUCCGAGUAUUACGAUCCUGAUGAAAGUAUUAGAGAUUACAUAAAACACGUUAAUGGUAGCAUUGUAUCAAUUGAAGGCGACGGUGAGACUAUUGGAUCUUUUGAGUUUCAUAGCGCCCUGGUGAAUCCAAGAGGGCCGAUUUAUUACGACGACGCUUGGUAUGGUGGAAUUGAAAGGCAGAUGUGUGAAAAGCCCUUAAACGAUGCAAACGGGCCAGGAUUAGGCAGACAAUUUGUGUUUAAGCCACAUCAAAACGCCAAUCCGGAAUACACAUUGCUCAAAAAGAAUGUUAAGCCCUUUGAGUGGAUCUCGCAGGCGACAGGCGGAUAUUGUUUUAUCAAAGUUAAAAUAACUGGCAAGAAUACUUUGUUAAUGGCCACUAGCUAUGGUACAGAUAUCAAAACUGUUCUCGGCUUUCACAUCAGGAUGCCAGAAAACGUUACCUCGGGUUCAGGCAGCGUUGCUUGUUUCCAGUUCAGGUGUCCGAGAGCUAAUAGUCCCACAGUCGUUCUUCUGACUCCAAUGACGUCGGGCGCUACAUGCAGGUAUCAUAAGACAGCUCAGACUUUGAAUGAUGUACAGUCAAGCCAAAAAUUGUGUCCUCCGGGAACUCUACCCACCGCUGCGGGACAGGAAAAAUGGCUUUGCAUUCCGUUUUCAACCACGGAUAUGUUUACCACUGUUUCGGGAGCGGAAAAAGAGGACGAGGAGAGAUGUCUUAGAAAUGACCAAUAUUAUCGUCUGCGAAAUAUGCCUCCUGUGAAAUCUUCCGCCGGGUCAUCCGUGGAGUAUACAUGCAGGUACGUU